AUGGCUAUCAGCUUCCACCACUGGCCCUCCAAGGUCUCCAACGUCCUUGUCUACGUGACCCUGUUGUCCGGAAACCUGUACUCCACCUUUGGCGGUGAUAGGAACCAAGACUCUCCUUAUGACUCCAGGCAUAAGUCCUACAUCACCCCCGCCCAGUUCACCUUCUACCUCUGGAGCUUGGUUCACUUCCUCUUUGGUGGUUUGGUCAUCUACCAGUGGUUCAAUGACAAGGUCCACCGGACCGUCGGCUGGCACUUUGUCAUCGUCUCUAUCUUUAAUGCCAUCUGGCUUGCUCUCUGGUCUUCUGGUCACACCUUCCUCGCCUUCGUCACCUUGAUCUUCACUACCGGUGCUGUCUCGUACAUCUACGCCAGACUUCGUGAAGACCGCUCGGACGACUCCUGGCUCGAUACCUUGUUCCUUGACCUUCCCUUCUCGCUCUACCACUCGUGGAUCGUUGUCCUCUUGGUCAUCAACGCCUUUGCCGUCUUCUCGCCCAUCAACGACGACCCCGAGGGUCCCCAGGGUCCCUCGACCUUCCAGACCAUCCUUGCCAUUGCCGGUCUUGGCUUUGUUGCUUCGACUGUUGUUGGCUACAUCGAGUACAAGAAGGGUGAUGUUGCUGGUGCCUUGGUCUUGGCCUGGUACCUGUUCGGUGUCUUUGCCCACCAGGACGAACCUGCCAUUCACUGGACCGCCCUUGGUCUCGGUAUCACCGUCGUCAUCUACACCCUGAAGCCCGUCGUCCUCGGCCUUGUCGGUCGCCAGUCCGGCGAGUCUGCCCCUCUCUUGGGUUAA